CAACUUUUAGAACCCAUGCACUUCCCUGUCAGGUUACUGUUUCGCAGGGUAGAGUGAGCAGAGGAAAUUAAUGGAGUGUUACAUGGGUCACAUUUUCCACAUCCAGCCCUCCUGUGGUAAACAGAGCUAAGGAAAUACACCUGUCACAGUGGAAACUGUGGAGAGGCGCUCCUUCUUGUCUUCUGCAAACUUUCCUUAUCUUCCGGUAGUUGAGACUCCAACACAAAGUCAACUGUUUUUUGGAGAGGGGAGGCAGGAGGAAGAAGUGGGAAAAGACGGGAUAAAAUCGACGAGGAAAGGAUAUCUGUCGCCCGUAGUGACGCUGCAAGCCGUGUAGUGGUGGUAGGGUCGACAUUUAACAACACUGUACAAGAUCUGAGUACUUCUUACACCUCUGCUUACAGGAGACCUUCUUGAUGCGACAGCCCCUGAGUUGAGCCAGUUAACCUGCGCUGAGGGUUCCCGAUAACCGCCACGAUGCCCGAGGCUGCUGACCUGAUCAACCUGAACCUGGCCUUCCUGUCUGACUCUGAGCGGGAGAGGAUCCUGGAGGUGCUGCAGCGGGACGAGGAUCUGAGGCAGGCCGAGGAGCUCCGUGUGCGGAGCAUGAAGACGGAGUUGCUGGAAGUGAAGAGGAAAGGGGCCAAACGUGGCAGUGGAAAAUACAGUCAACACAGUUGUGGCAGAUGUCAGGAUCCUCUGAGUCGACUGACUGUUUUCUCCAGCCAGUGUAAGAUCUGCAAUCACCAUCUCUGCAGAAACUGCCGAAUAGCGGUCCCCGAUGGAUCCUGGGUCUGCAGCGUGUGUGCCAAAGAGACGGAUCUAAAGAAAAGGACAGGGGACUGGUUCUACGAUCAAAGGGUCAACCGUUUCUCCAUGACUCCUGGACACGACCUGGUGAGAGUCUCCCUGAGAAAGAGACCAAUGGCAAAGAAGCGUGAGACAACAGGAGAAGUGCUGUUGAGAAGCACUGACAUAAACCCAGAUCUUCCCAUUCCUGGACCGCGGGUCAGGCAGAAAAAUCAAGUAACAGAUAACAAUGGUUAUGCAAAUGAGAAUACAGGAUCAAUUGCUUCAAGAGAGUCAUUUGAAUCAAAGGAGGAUGUUUGGCCAAAGCCAACUCGCAGUGACACGGAGUCUGCAGAGAACAACAGUAUGAGCAGCCAUAAAACAGACACUGAAUCUGGCCAUGUGACCCCGGAGCAACAAAGGAAAGAGAGCCUCUCAGGGUCCACUGUGUCCAGUCUGACGGCUCCAGUCAAAGCAGACAUCGUGACAGAGGACAGUGCUAACUCAGAAGCUAUCCAUGUGCCGGAAAUAAAAACAGCCCGAGUCAGCCCGAGCCCGGAUAUGGACGUUGAUAGACUCUUCAAGAAGAGCAUCAAACGAGGCCAAAAACACCCUGAGACGAUAUCCACACUGGACCUUCGAGAUGGAUGUGACACGGCUGAGGUCUCCAUGGGCAACAGGAGACGCUCUGCACCAGUCCUAGAAAUACAGGAAGAUGGAGAGGAGGAGGAAGAUAUAGACCGCUUGGUUAGCUUUCAUAAAAGGUCAAUGGCUUCAAGCUCCUACAGUCUGCACAGCUCGAAGAGCACGCUGGGCAGCCUGAUGAGUAUUUACAGUGAAGCAGGAGACUUUGACAGUGUGGAAGUGAGCGGAGACCUGGUCUUCUCUAUGAGCUACAACGAGCCCACCCAGAGCCUCCAUGUCUUCAUCAAGGAGUGCCACGGGCUGGCCUACGGCAAUGCCUCGGGCCAGCUUUCCCAUCCUUAUGUUAAAUGUUAUCUACUGCCUGACAAAUCUCGCCAGAGCAAAAAGAAAACCAGCAUCAAGAGGAACACGGUGGACCCGGUCUACAACGAAACGCUGAAGUACUCCAUCAGCCGCUCUCAGCUGUUCACCCGCUCCAUGUUGAUAUCCGUCUGGCAUCACGGACGCCUGAGCCGCAACGCCUUCCUGGGAGAGGUGGAGAUCCCUCUGGACAGCCGAGACCUCGACUCCCCGCACGAGGAGAACGUGGCUCUCAUGGCGAAGUCAGCCUCUGCUGCACCAGCUUCAGCUUUUGCCCAGUACAAAGGAGAGCUGGUGAUCUCCUUGAAGUAUGUCACACCUAAAACUCCGACCUCUGUGAAAAAAGGCAAAAAGGCAGAGGUCGGGGGAAGUGGAGAGCUGCAUGUCCUUAUCAAAGAGGCAAAUAACUUGAUGGCAAUGAAGCCAGGAGACACCUCCGAUAGCUUCGUAAAAGGUUAUUUGUUCCCAACGAAGGCAAAGAACACAAAGAAGAAGACUCCGGUGGUGAAGAAGAACCUGAACCCCAGCUACGACCACACGUUUGUGUACAAGGAUGUGGCUCUGGAGCAGCUGCAGGAGAUGUGUCUGGAGCUCACAGUGUGGGACAGAGAGGCCAUGGGGAGCAACGAGUUCCUGGGAGGACUCCGCCUCAGCUCGGGAACAGGCACAGUGAAAAUUGGAAAAGGAGAAGUGGAAAUGGACUCUUUGGGAGAGGAAGUGAGUCUGUGGGAAAAGAUGAUGAAGUACCCCGACUCGUGGGCAGAGGGCACUCUUCCCCUGCGCUCCACCAUGGUGAAGGGCAAAUGAGGACGGCACCAAAAGAGACUGAAAUUUAAAAAGCUGCGAGGUCUGAGAUUAUGGAUUUUUUUUAUAUUUUGCAACUUUGUCAGCGCAGUGACUACCACACACUUCCUGCUGAACAUCUGCCUCCCCGUGGGGUUUGUGUUUAGCUCCGCCCCCUGACUGCAGACUGGUGUAACUUUAGAAAAUGUGCCAAAACAUCACAAACUUCAUUUUAAGAGCAAGGACACAUUUUAUAUAUUUUUUUAAAAUUCAGAAUGCAUAUUUACUGCAUUUCAAAUUCACGCACACUUUUGAGCACUUAGCACAGAACUAGUAUCACCUUUUUUCUUAAUAAUUGUGUACAUAAUUAUAUUGACCCGUGGGAAAACAAGUCAUUAUAAAUUAGAAAAUCUCUGGUGUUGCAUCCAACAAAUUGUAUUAUUAUCUUUUUAAGUUGCACACAAAUCUUUAUUUGAAAUUAUUAAAUGUCUUUAUUUGCAGAAAUAAAAGUAGAUAUUAAUAUUUUAACUGUAUGUGAUCAGAGUUGUGUUUACCUCAAGGUUUCCAAUAAUAUUCUGUUCAUCUAAUAAAAAAUGUUAAAAACCAA